UGCGCAGUAGAGUCGAAAUUUUGUUAUCUUAAGUCAGCCGGGAAAGGAUUUGUUCAUAACGUGUGGAGAUACAGCUUGCACAGCAAUGCAAUCCUUUGGGGUGAAGUUUACAGUCAUAUUUAUUGCAUUGAUCAGCAUAGCAUAUGGACUCAACCAUGCAUGCUGGAGCGUGGACAGGAUAGCAGAUGAGAUCAUCAAACGCGCGGACACGGAUGCCGACGGUAUAAUUACUUUCUAUGAAUUCCAAGUGGAACUCAUGCAUGACUGGGAUUUGUCCAACGGGUCUUGCUUGCCCUACCAUGAGUUUACCAGAAACUGGAUUGAAAAGUUUCAUGAUCAUCACGACACAGCGCAUGCGUUCUACAAUUCACUGGUCAUUUCUGGCGCCGACCAUUUGUGUAUUUUGGAUGUGGCUAGUCACGUAUCGCAGUACGAUACGAACCCAAAAGACGGUCAGAUAGAACCUGCAGAGCUCCGUUCAUUCAUGCAUGAUGUGCAUCCCGACUCUCACCAGAACGGUGGUCACGGUCAUGGACAUGGAUGCUAAAUAUACUACAUGUGUUAUGUAAAAUCAAUAGAAUAAAGCGUUUUUAUCAUCUCA